AAACUAUAGAUACAAUAUAUACAUACACACAGACUCUCAAUCGAGCUACGAACCAGAUCUUCACGGCUUUCAUUCUUCUCGAUCCCUCUGUUUCACUCCAGAAAUUUCAAGUUUCACAAGAAUAUUGUCACCUGGGAGAACCAAUUCGAACAGCUUUGCAGAUUGUGAUCCCUACGCUUGCUUUGUCUUCUCGAGGUUUUGUAUAGAGUGGGUUGCUUUCGCCGAGCCGGUGGCUUGAUAAAAAAAAAACUACCGGUUCUUACGGAUUAACAAGGGACCAUGAUUUUAAAUUGCUUUGCAAACGGAACUAUUUGUCUCCACUGAAGCCUAGUGUUGAAUCUCGACCCAUCUGCACCUGGUAAAAAUGUCAGGCCCAGGAGGACUUGAGGCUUUUGAUGAAACAAGAGAAAGGAGGUCAGAUUUUGAGAAUUCUGAAGAUGAGAGACGGCGAUCCAAAAUUGGAUCCCUAAAGAAGAAGGCAAUAAAUGCUUCAAACAAGUUCACCCACUCCCUUAAGAAAAGGGGAAAGAGGAAAAUUGAUUACAGGGUUCCUUCAGUUUCAAUAGAAGAUGUACGCGAUGCAAACGAAGAGAGAGCUGUCCAUGAAUUGCGGCAAAAGCUCCUAGACAGGGACUUACUGCCAUCUAGACAUGACGACUAUCAUACCUUGUUGAGGUUCUUGAAGGCUCGAGACUUUAACAUUGAAAGAACAAUCCGUAUGUGGGAAGAAAUGCUAAAUUGGCGAAAGGAGUAUGGAACGGACACAAUUUUGGAGGAUUACGAUUUUGAAGAGCUGGACGAAGUCUUACAGCAUUACCCCCAAGGGUACCAUGGAGUUGAUAGGGAAGGCAGGCCUGUUUAUAUUGAAAGGCUUGGCAAAGCAUACCCUAGUAGGCUUAUGCGCAUCACUUCGAUUGAGCGCUACCUAAAAUACCAUGUCCAAGAGUUUGAGCGGGCUUUUAAUGAGAAGUUCCCUGCUUGUUCGAUUGCUGCAAAGAGACAGAUUUGUUCUACUACCACAAUUUUGGAUGCACAAGGCUUGGGCUUGAAGAAUUUCACUCCAACUGCGGCAAGUCUUCUUGGGGCCAUGGCAAAGGUUGACAGUAAUUACUACCCAGAGACACUACAUCGCAUGUUCGUCGUCAAUGCUGGCCCUACCUUCAAGAAAUGUUUAUGGCCUGCUGCUCAAAAAUUUCUGGAUGCAAAGACGAUUGCAAAAAUACAGGUGUUGGAACCUAAGUCAUUGGGUAAACUACAUGAAGUCAUUAACCCAAGUCAAUUGCCUGACUUCCUAGGUGGUACUUGCACAUGUCCUGGUGAGGGUGGCUGCCUUAGAUCGAAUAUGGGUCCAUGGAAUGACCAUGAAAUAAUGAAGGUUGUAAAUAAUGCAGAAGCCACAUUUGUAAGGCAAAUCACUAGUAUGUCUAGUGAUCAGCAGAAAGUUGACUCUUAUAUCCAGAUAUACCCUGUGAAGGGGAGGAGAAGUGAUACGUCCAACAUAGAAUCUGGAUCAGAUGUUGACGACCCAUGUUCUGCAACCAACUUAAAUGGUCCUAGGUUCCUGAAAUUGGCAUCAGUUUGUGAAGAAGCUACGGCAUCUGAUUCACCCGCUUAUUACAGUUGUAAUGAUCAUUUUAAUUCAUUUGAAGAAGCUAGUGCCUCAAGCCAGUCUCAUACACCAGAUGACAGAGAAAUGGGUUCUGGUGUAGACUUCCAAAAUUCACAAGGUGCAUUGUUUAUCCAAUUGUUGGACACUAUUUUGGAAAAGGUUGUGAAGAGGAGCUUGAAUUGUAUAGCAAGACCAGUGGUGUCAUCGGUGCCAAAAGUGAUUGGAGUUAUUCGCAGUGUGGUGAUUGAGUAUUGGAGAAGACAGAAGAUGAUAUAUCCAAGUAAUGUGGUGGAAGAGAGGUGCAAGAGUGACUCUAGUAGUGAAAGAGAAGAUCGGAUUGGUCCAUGUGUUGAACGGCUUGAGAAACUUGAAGAAAUAUUGGAAGAACUUAAAAAGAGGCCUGCUGAAAUUCCUGUGGACAAGGAGCAUAUGUUGCAUGAAUCCUUGGACCGGAUCAAAUCAGUGGAGUUUGACCUCAAUAAAACAAAGAGGGUACUACAUGCGACUGUGGUGAAGCAACUUGAGAUUGCAGCCUUGAUGGAGAAUCUGCAGGAAUCCAAAUUCCAUAGGCGAAGGAUGUUGUGUUGAUGAGAUGUACAGAAAUAGGAGGAAGAGAUGAAUAGCAAGCAGUAA